AUGGCCAACGACUCGAACUUCGUCAUCGACUUCUUGAUGGGUGGUGUUUCCGCCGCUGUCUCCAAGACUGCCGCCGCCCCCAUCGAAAGAGUUAAGCUUUUGAUCCAAAACCAGGACGAAAUGAUCAAGCAAGGUAGACUCGACAGAAAGUACGCCGGUAUCGUCGACUGCUUCAAGAGAACCGCUGCUGACGAAGGUGUCAUGUCGUUGUGGAGAGGUAACACCGCCAACGUCAUCAGAUACUUCCCCACCCAAGCUCUUAACUUCGCCUUCAAGGACAAGUUCAAGAAGAUGUUCGGUUUCAAGAAGGAAGAAGGCUACUGGACCUGGUUCGCCGGUAACUUGGCCUCGGGUGGUAUGGCUGGUGCCACCUCGUUGUUCUUCGUCUACUCGUUGGACUACGCCAGAACUAGAUUGGCCAACGACGCCAAGUCGGCCUCGGGUGAAAGAGAAUUCAACGGUUUGAUUGACGUUUACAGAAAGACCUUGAAGACUGACGGUAUUGCCGGUUUGUACAGAGGUUUCGGUCCUUCGGUUGUCGGUAUCAUUGCUUACAGAGGUUUGUACUUCGGUUUGUACGACUCGCUUAAGCCCGUCAUCUUGGUUGGUCCCUUGCAAGGUAACUUCUUGGCCUCGUUCUUGUUGGGUUGGGCUGUCACCACCACCUCGGGUAUCGCCUCGUACCCCUUGGACACUAUCAGAAGAAGAAUGAUGAUGACCUCUGGUCAAGCCGUUAAGUACAACGGUGCCAUCGACUGCUUCAGACAAGUCGUCGCCACCGAAGGUGUCGGCUCGCUCUUCAAGGGUUGCGGUGCUAACGUCUUGAGAGGUAUUGCCGGUGCCGGUGUUAUCUCGCUUUACGAUCAACUCCAAAUCUUGCUCGUUGGUAAGAAGUUCUAA